GUUUAGCAGCUUUUAUUUGUGAUUGAAAAUACAAUGGCUGGUCGAUUUGAAUUACUCAGCGAGCAAGGUCUACGCUUGGACGGUCGCCGACCGCACGAACUACGCCACAUAAAAUGCAAAAUGGGUGUUUUUGAACAACCAGAUGGGAGUGCUUAUAUGGAGCAGGGAAAUACGAAGGUUCUCGCUGCUGUCUAUGGACCCCAUCAGGCCAAGGGAAAGAAAACGGAAACAAACGACGUUAUUAUUAACUGUCAAUACAGCCAGGCCACAUUCUCUACAUCAGAGCGCAAGAAUCGACCGCGUGGGGAUCGAAAAUCACAGGAGUUUAAAAUGUAUUUACAACAAGCGCUGAGUGCGGCCAUCAAAUCCGAGCUGUAUCCACGCUCACAAAUUGAUGUCUAUGUGGAGGUGUUGCAGGCGGAUGGCGCCAAUUAUGCUGUAUCUUUGAAUGCCGCCACACUAGCACUUAUUGAUGCGGGCAUUUGCCUAAACGAAUUCGUAGUCGCUUGCACCGCUUCGUUAAGUAAAUCUAAUAUUCCAUUGACUGAUAUAUCAAAUAUUGAAGAAGUCUCCGGUGGACCCAAGUUGACUGUGGCGGCACUGCCCACAGCGGAGAAAAUUGCAUUUCUGGAGAUGAGCGAGCGCUUUCACAUCGAUCACCUGGAAACCGUAAUAGAGACGGCAAUGGCUGGCUGCCGAGAAAUACGAGAUAUACUGGAAGCGGCCGUUAAGGAACACCUUAUACACAUUGGAAGUGCGGCCGACUGGGGGCGUGUUUGUUAAAAUAAAACGUAUUUUAUGAAAUUCCUUAAA